AUGAAUGUAAUGCUCCACAAGGCCGUCAUCGUGACCCAGCCCAAGACGGCGGGCUUGGUCACUGACCGCGCUAUCCUCAAGCUCUGUGAUAAUUACGUUCUCGUGAGGACAGUCAGCGUGGGUUUGAACCUAAGUGACUGGAAGUACGUGGAUUUCCUCUCUCCUCCCGGCGCCCUGUUGGGAGGUGAUUACUCUGGCAUUGUCGAGGCCGUUGGCAAAGACGUCAAGCUACCCUGGAAAAAGGGAGACCGUAUCUGCGGUUUCGCCCACGGUGGUAAUGCCGUGCAAGCCGAGGAUGGGUCUUUCGCCGAAUAUAUUGUCGUCAAGGGUGAUGUGCAGCUCCGAGUUUCUGAACAUCUGAGCUUUCAGGAAGCCGCUACGCUUGGAGCAGGCAUUCAGACUAUCGGCCGGGCAUUAUACCAAACUAUAGGUCUAGCUCUACAGAGUCAACCUAUCAAAGAUGCGACUCCUAUUCUUAUCUAUGGCGGUUCUACCACUACGGGCACCCUCGCGAUUCAGUUCGCUAAGCUCUCCGGUUAUCAGGUGCUCACUACCUGUUCGCCGCACAACUUCGACCUUGUCCGUGCCCUUGGCGCUGAUGCUGUCUUUGAUUACAAGGACCCUGAGUCAGCCGCUCAGAUUCGCAAGCAGACCAAGAAUAAUCUGAAUCUAGUCGUGACUGCACUUUCAACGGAGGGAGGCGCAUACCUCGCACCCCUGACCGUGAAAGUCGACCGCGCCAACGUGAACAGUCGAUUUAUUCUGGCAUACACCGUCCUUGGCUAG